AUAACAAAUGUCCCACCAAAUACUGUUAUAUUAGAUAUCUUUUGAACAUAAUCCAUAAGAUGGUUUUCAUUGAUAAAGAGAUAACAUAUCUAUAAUAAUUUAUUUGAAAGCGAUCAACUAUUCAUAGUGGACACCAACUUAUACACAGAUUGCCUAAAAACGACAUUAUAAUAUUCGAUUUUAAAAAUAUUCAUAUAUUCUAAUUUAAAUCUCAAUUCUCUCGCUCUUGGAAUCGGUUUUCCCGAGUUGAAUAAAUUAUUUCAACCAAUUCAAACGAAAUUCAAAUCACGCAUGUGUUGCUGUUUAUUUAAGUGUUUAGGCUCUUCUAUUUAGUAUCGCUAAAACAAAUAUUUUUUAUUUUGUUUUAGCUUUUUAGUAAAAAGAAGUGUAAAAAUAUAAUGAAAAAUUAAUAGCAAAUUUAAAAGAUUCUAGUGAAAUAAAUAGAAUUCAAUCAAGAUGUUUAAAUUAUUAAUAAUUUCUAUCGCUGUUUAUAUAUUGAUUAGUCAGCCGAGUCCGACGUUGCAGGAUAAUUUUUUUCUCAAACCUCCAAAAAUAAAAGUUUACAGUAACUCUGACGAAUUUCGGCAUAUGAAUCGGAGUAUGCUGGAAUUGUUAUUGAACGCCACAGUAAAUCAUCAAAAGCAUUUAUCAAAUUCAGUGGAUCCAGCUUUGGUUGAAAAAUAUAAAAAUUUUUAUGCAAUGUUAGAGCAAAAUUUAAAUUUGAAAAAACAAGUAUCGUCGUCUAGUUUCGAUUCAUUAAAUGUCUUUGAAGAUAAAACUGACUGAUAUAAACUUUUAUUGGAAAUCUAAGAUUAUAUUGUUUUUAAUUAUUAUAUACUUGUAUAUUGAACU